AAACAUGGCAUUGUAAAGAAAGACGAAACACUGUCAUUUAGGUUGAACAGCAUGGAAAACUCCUCGGAAUGGAGCAACAUUUCACUCGACUCUGAUUUCGAGCCCUGUGCCACAUUGAGGAGCUCCGGUUCACGAGUCGCCCUCUAUGUCUUCAUCAUCGCAGGGAUCGUCUGCACAGUUGUUGGCAACUUCCUGGUGGUUCUCGCCAUUGCUUACUUCAAACAGCUGCAGUGCCCUACAAACUCUUUCGUCAUGUCUCUGGCUGUUGCUGACUUCCUGGUGGGGCUGGUGGUUAUGCCAUACAGUAUGGUCAGAACAGUGGAAGGAUGUUGGUAUUUCGGCCCAAACUUCUGUCAUCUUCACUCCAGCUUGGAUGUUAUGCUCUGCACGGCCUCCAUCUUCCAUUUGAGCUGCAUCGCUUUUGACCGCUACUACGCCGUCUGCAACCCUUUGGUGUAUUCAUUUAAGAUGUCCCGUAAACGUGUGGGUCUGCUGAUUGUGGUUUGCUGGGCCAUUCCUUUCCUCAUCUCCUUCGGCCCAAUCCUCCUCGGGCUGCACAAGCUUGGCAUGGACGUUCCUUUGCCUGAGAACAUGUGCAUCUUCUUGGUGAACCGCAUUUAUGCCGUUAUGGCGUCCCUUGUUGCAUUUUACCUGCCUAUGGUGACCAUGUUGGUGGCCUACUGGAAGAUCUACAAAGCGGCAAAGCGGCAAGCCAUGCAGAUAAGCGCGAUGGAGGCGCAGAUGGCGGCAGGUGUGGGCAAGGACUCGAGCAAGAAACAAAAACAUCGCAACUCUAUAAGGAGGGAAAGAAAAGCGGCCAAAACUCUGGGCAUCAUCAUGGGGGUUUUCCUUCUUUUCUGGUUGCCGUUCUUUACUGUUAAUAUCGUCGACCCGUUCAUUGAGUACGGGACUGCUGCUGUGAUAUGGGAUGUGUUCCUGUGGUUAGGGUACGUCAACUCCUCCCUAAACCCUUUCCUCUAUGGUUUCUUUAACCGAUCCUUCCGUAGGGCUUUCCUCAUGAUCAUGGGCUGCAGAAUAUGUCUGCACGGCAAAGCUCAAGGAAUGGACCUCUCUCACUCGAAAAGAGAUGCCAAUGAGCGCACUGACAACCAGUAG